CCCACUGUGGGGUGACGCAGCCGGGUGGCUGGCAGGUGGCGUCAGGCAGCCCGAGGAGGCAGGCCACGCCUGGGUCCGACACCUGCCCCUGGACAGGGCUGCGGAGACGGGCCGCGGGAGCUGCAGGGGCCGCUCAGCCUCUGUGGCUUGGCCACAGCUCUGUGCCUGGGCUUCCUGGUGUCGGGCGGCUGCCCGAGUCUGGAGCAGGCUGUGAGGACGGGGGGCUACACCCACGCCCCUCGCUUCACCCACUGCCUCGACUCCCUGGUGGGAAACUUCUGUGUCACCAACAUAGUGUCCAGAUCAUGCUGGGCACGGCUAGGGCCAUCUGCAGCCACUUCCAAGGCUCUGCGGAAGCCCGGCAGCUCCUCCCAGCUGCAGCGGCAGUGCGGCCUCCCAGCCCACCAGCCCUCCUUGGGGCUCUCGCAUCCCUGGGUGUCCGCCUACCACUUGCUGGAGUGGCUGGAGAAGCGGCAGCUGGGGAAGGCAGGGGCGGCGCUGUCGGCCGUGUUGCGGAGCCUGACGGACAGUCUGGUCAAGCUCCCGCAGCCCUUCUGGAUGGAGGUCCGGGAGGCGAGCGCCGCGCAGGCCGCCUUAAGCCUGGUGCUGCCCCAGCUGUGCUACCUGCACAUCUUCCUGGCGCAGGUUCGGGGGCGCUUUGAGGAGCGGAGCACCGGGGAGAUGGGCGCGGCCGUGCGGCUGGCCGAGGGCCUGGCCCUGCAGCUCUCCACAGACCACCAGCUCCCUGAGCUCUUCCACCGUGAGGAGUUCGUGCUGGCGACCCUGCUGGACCCCGCUUCAAGGGCAGGAUAGAGGCUGCCCUCCCCGAGGGGGCCGACAUCAACCAUUGGAAGCAAGUUCUCGUGUACGAGGUGAAGGAGCUCGUGGUGUCUGAGUACUCCUGCCGCCCUCCCCUUCCC